AUGCCUGCGUCAGGAGACCCGUCAGGGGGGGCGUCGCGGCCACCGGCGUUCCCCGAUUCUUCAGAAGCAACAGAAAAGCCGCCUUUUCCCCACUCUGCUCCUGACAGUCCCGCGCAAGCGACUUCGCCGCCUGGGCCCUCUCCACAGCGCGAAGGAACGGGAGGCAGUAGGCAGCCCGUUCGGGCCCCGGAAAGAAAAGUGUCGGAGCAAGCAGAGGUUGUCGCGAAAAUCCACGCCACCCGCGCCAUGUGGCAAGCGCGUCUCGAUGAAAACAUCGCAAAGCAAGAACAACGCGAAUAUGAUGAGGAGGCUCUGGAGGCGCGUAGGCGAGACGUUCUGAGCCAGCGGGAGACACACAAGUUUCUUCGCCGCGAAUCGCGGACGGGGGAAGGAGACAGCCCGGUGGGGAAUGUCGCGGCAGCAGAGAGUACCUCGGGGAGACAGCCCGGGCCGGAAGCGGCCCCUGUGUCGCCUGUCAGCGGCGACCGGAACCCGGGUGUACCUGAGAGACCAGCACUGACAGAAGAAGAGAUGUUGAGGAAACAAGAAGAAGAUGAUCUCCUCGUCGCGCAGCGCCUUCAAGAAGAAGAAGCUCUGGCAGCGUCUGCCGCGGAAGCCGCUCUGUUCGGCGAAGACGUCGGGGCAGCUUCAGAGACAGCAGCACUGGGAGCGAUGAAUGGCGAAGGGGCUGCAGCCUCUGAAGAGGUUGACAGAGACUUCCUCCUUGCCAUGGAGCUACAGGAACAGUCACAGAGAGAAGCACAGCAAGAGUCAGAUUCGAUCUUGGCCGCCUUGUUGCAACAAGAAGAAGCAGCAGCGGCGUCUUCGAGAGGAGCGUUGCCCUGCCACGGGGGUUCGCCGCAUGCAGUCCCUGCCUACCACACAGCCGGCGUCGGCCAGAUCAGUCAAAGCGCAGGAGUGCAGAGGAUCCAAACCGUCAACCCCGUGGGGAUGUCUGGGUCUUCUGCAUCGCGCCCUCAGGCCGGAGACGAGGCGAAGGGGAAGCGAAGGGGCUUCUUCGCUCGGAUUUUCGGGAAAAAAGACAGAUCGAAUUCCCAAGGCACAUCCUCGUCCACGCCUCCUCGACGCCACUUUCUGCCGGACGCAAACCAGGGCCCCGGCGGGCGUCCCGAUCUGGUUGCGCUCUUCGGGCCCCCGGGGGAAGUGCCCAUCGCGCCUGUCACCGCGUGUUGCCGGCCUGUGGGGUCCCCUCAGGCUGUCCCUCAAACCCUGGAGCUCCCGGAGCGGUCAGGGACAGGCCAGGCCGGGGCGAGCGGGGACGAGAGACAGCGCCCGUGCCACGUCGUCCAGGUCGUUCAGACAGUCGAGCCUGCACGCGGCGGGUCUGGGUCCCGGCCGCCUUCCAGGCAGUCAACGAAAGACAAGGCGUGCGAGGGCGAGAAAACGAAGUGA